GCGCGGCCCGGUGCCGCCUCAGCGCGGGGCAGCGGGGCCAUGGCCGAGGCCGUGCGACCCCCGCGCCGCGCCCGCGCCCGCGCCAAGGAAAAAAAGAAAAAAAGUACUGAGGAGCCCCAGGUACAAGAGCCUGAUGAUGUCUUCCUGCCUCCUGUGGCAGAAGGGUCUUCUCAAGCCGGGAGAGUGCAAAUGGAACAUCCUGGAGAAUUUACAGAAAUUCAACUUGGAGAUGAAGUAGACAAUAGGAAAACUAUAAAUGAUGUGUCUGACAUCCCCCAAAGUCAUUUAUCUUCAGCAAAUGAAGGGGGUCUGGCAGUCAUUCUGGAGCCUCCCAAACAUGCAGAAGAGGUCAAAGCUGGUUCUUCCCAGGAGGAAUGUGAGGGGGAUGUUGAGAAGAGUGAGAAGAACAAGUUGGACAAACCUCACAGCCCUGUGGAGGCAGCUGCUAGUGGAUCAGGAAAUUCUGAUUUAUUGAGUAGUACCUUUCAGUCCAGUGCUGCUGGCCCUCAGACAGUGCUGGGCUUUGUGCGGGACAGAGGAGCUGAAAACCUACAAGAUGUUAGAAAUCCUCUCGUCUGCUCUUCAGAGAAGCUUCCUCUCAGCACCUCACAGCGCUCUGAGAAAUCCAAGUCACGUGUUCCACGGCCGGGAUUCAGGUCGGUUUAUCCAGACCUGUCCUCGGAACUGUCCUACGAGAGACCCACCAUCAUGGCAGUAAAACCCCUGAUGCACCACGAGAGGCUAUACCCAGAGCUCCCCUCUGAGCCAGAGCUGGUGCCAUUCACCAGGGAGCAGCUGAAAAUCUUUGAGCCCUGUUCGUGGCUGGAGAACGUUGACUCCUAUGCUGAGGAAUUCGAGAGUGUGGCUCACCAGGACAGGCACGAGUUCUACGAGCUGCUUCUGAACUACAUGCGCUGCAGGAAGCAGCUGCUGCUGGCUGAGGCAGAGCUGCAGGCCAUGACAACAGACUGCCAAAAUGUGAAGGGGAGAUUAUGGACUUUCAAGGAACAACAGAAAACUGUGCAGGGUGUGUGUGCAGAUCAGUGCAAAGUGACGGGUCACCACCGCUACCAGACAGUGGAGCUGAACGACAGCGUGCUGGGGGAGCUGAAGAAGCUGUUUGAGGCCAAAGCAGAGCACGUGCACCAGACCCUGGCACUGCACUCCUACACUUCGGUGCUGUCCCGCUUGCAAGUGGAGUCCUAUGUUUACAGGUUGCUCAGCAGCUCGUCCCUGCUGAGAUCUGUGGCCCUGCAGCAGCAAGAACAAGUUUCAAAGCAGUCAGAAAAUCUCUCUUCAGACUUGAGCCACUUGAAGGAAUGUAUCAGUGUCCUUUUCAGCUUCACUCGCAGGGUUAUUGAAGAUCCUCAGUUUCACAGUGACCUUCUCAUGUGGCUGCAGAGACUGGUGUCUGUGCUGCAGAGAAUUGGCUGUCCAGGUGACCAUCUCUUCCUCUUCAACCACAUCCUUCGGUGUCCGGCUGGCAUCAGCGACUGGGCUUGUCCAUUCAUUCAGAUCAAAGUCUUGGAUAACCCAUCAGGUGUCUUUCAUUUCAUGCAGUCUCUUGCCUUGCUUAUGUCUCCUGUCAAAAAUCGUGUGGACUUCAUGUGCCAUAUGAAACCAAGUGAAAGGAAAAGUUCCUCUUCAUCUGGGAAGGAAUCUGGGAACUGGACUCUGGUAGAUGAAGGAGGAGAAGAGGAUGAGGAUCCCGAAACAAGCUGGAUUCUACUCUUGGAAGAUGACUUGAUUGCUCUGUUGUCACAGUUCCCAUUUCAUGAACUCUUUCAGCAGGUCCUUGGGUUUAAGUCUGGAGGUGCUUAUUUUCCUGAAAAAACAUCUCCCCAGGAGAUGAUGAAGAUUUUUGCCUUUGCAAACUCCUUAGUGGAACUUCUGUCAGUGGGGUUAGAAACAUUUAACAGAGCACGGUACCGACAAUUUGUGAAGAGAAUUGGCCAACUCAUCAAGAUGACACUGUGUCAUGUCAGUGACCACUGGGCCCAGUAUGUUAGUGGCAAUAAACAAUACGGAUCACUAGAACACCCCUACUCCGUGGAAAAAUUGCAACUGGAGUUUGAUGAGCUGUUUUUUAGAGCUGUUCUACAUGUUCUGAAGGCAAAAAGGUUGGGAGUCUGGCUGUUCAUGUCCGAGAUGCCUUACGGAACCUUGUCCAGCAGCAUGCUUUGGAGGCUCUUCUUUGUCAUGCACUGUGCCGACAACGAGCACCUGGAGCAGCUCUGCUCUACUCUGCAGCCUGCUGACUACAGGCAAAGACUCAAAGAUCCGGAGCACCUUGAACAGUUUGAAAAGUAUCUCCAAUCAAUGAACUGCUCAGAAGAAAUCUGUCUGCUCACCACAUUUGCUCAGAUGGCACAAACCAAACGGGCUGAUGUUGAUGAGGAUUUUAUCAAAAUCAUUGUUUUGGAGAUAUAUGAGGUAUCCUACGUUAGUCUUUCCACAAGAGAGACAUUUUCCAAGGUUGGUCGAGAACUCUUGGGAGCCAUUGCCAGCAUCCACACACAGAUUAUUUCUAUACUGCUGGAUCGGAUUAGAGAGACCCUUGAGAAGGUGGGGAUGGUUUCUUUAUAUCUGUUUAAAGAACUGCCACUGUACCUGUGGAAGCCUUCUUCAUCUGAGAUAGCCCUGAUCCGUGACUGGUUGUUAAAUUGCAGCCUUACAACAGUGGAGAAUAAACUGGCCUGCAUUAUUUUGGAAGGGCUGAACUGGGGAUUUGGUGAGCAUCAGAAUACUCUUCACCUGGAUCCGGCUGUCCAUUCUGAAGUUGCAUUGAUGGUCCUGGAAGCAUAUCAGAAAUAUCUCUCCCAGAAACCAUAUGCUGGGCUGCUUUCUGAAAGCAUAAAACAGGUCUCCUACCUGGCCAGCAUCGUUCGCUACGGGGAAACACCAGAGACUUCCUUCAAUCAGUGGGCAUGGAGUUUGAUUUUGAGGCUGAAGCUGCACAGGAAUGACCGUGGGGUGCAGCAGAGUGGGCUGGCUGUCCCCGUGUACGACACUGCGCUGGACACGGCCGACUCGGUCACGCUGCACCCCCUGCUCAAGGCUGUGAAGGCAAACAUCCCCAUCGGCUGCUACCUGGCACUGGCAAUGACCACCCUGGGGCACAGCAUUGAGAAGUUCUGUGCUGAAGGGAUCCCUCUUUUGGGUGUACUUGUCCAGAAUAGACAUCUGAGAACAGUAGUCCAUGUGCUGGAUAAAAUUUUACCCAUGUUUUAUUCUUGCCAGUAUUACCUCCUGAAGAAUGAACAGUUUUUAUCUUACGUUGAACUGUUCCUUCAUCUGGAUAGUGGAGUCCCUCAAGGAGUGACCCAGCAGGUUACCCAUAAAGUGACACAGCACUUGACAGGAGUGAAGUAUGGAGAAAACGUUAAGCUGCUCAGUAGUAUGAUACAGACUCACAUCUUUCUAAGUGACCAGCCAAAUGGAGUGGGGCCAGCUGCAGUCCUGGAGUUCUGGGUGCAGGUCCUUACCAGCCAGCAGCUGUGGCACAGGGACCGCGCCACGCUCUGCCUGCUGGAUGACUUGUGCAAAGCUGCUUUUCAGUACAGCCAAGAGGACUGUGUGCAAAAGCUGCUUUACCAGCAGCACAAGAACGCUUUGGGCUAUCACUGUGACAAGGGUCUGCUGUCUUCUCUCGUCAGCUGGAUCGUGGCAGGCAAUGUCACACCAUCCUUUGUGGAGGGCAAUGCCAACUCCUCUCAGGUCUGGUUUGCAUGGACGGUGUUAAAUGUGGAGUCAAUAUUUGAAGAAGAUUCACAGCUUCGCAGAGUUGUGGAGGGGGAGCUGGUUAUCAAUGCUUUAACUCCUGAUCAAGCUUUGAAGAAAGCCCAGACCCAGCUGAAGCUGCCCAUCGUCCCUUCCCUUCAGAGGCUCAUGAUUUACCGCUGGGCUCACCAGGCCCUUGCUACCCCUGCAGAUCACCCUCUCAUGCCUCUGAUCUGGCAGAAGUUCUUCCUCCUGUACCUUCACCGACCAGGACCACAGUAUGGAUUACCUGUAGGUGGCUGUAUUGGAAGACGCUUUUUCCAGAGUGCAGCUCAUGUUAACUUGCUGACUGAGAUGAAGCAGCGGCUGACAGAGGUAGCAGACUUCCACCACGCUGCCAGUAAAGCACUGAGAGUGGAGAGUCCUGAGGGCAGUGAGAGGUCACCAGAGAAGGCCAGCUGCUCACCUGAUUACCUGACUUCACCUGAGCUGCAUAAGGAACUUGUCAGGCUUUGUAAUGUUUUAAUUUUGUGGUUGGAAGAAGAGAGUUUCCAGAAAGGAGAUACAUACAUUCCCUCUUUACCAAAGCAGUAUGAUGCACACAGACUUGCUAAAGUCAUGCAGAAUCAACAGGAUCUGUGGAUGGAGUAUGUCAAUGUGGAACUCAUACACCAUGAGUUUCAGGAAGCUCUGAACCUUUGGCUGCAGGUUCAGCUUGAGUCCCAUACAACCUGUGCUUCUGCAGGGCAAACAGAUUUCACCAAUCCUUUGUCAGCCAAAGUGAGGAUCAUGAAUAAUUUGAAGAAGUUUGAUACUCCCAAGCCCCCUCUGCCACUGCAGAUGAUGAAGGCUCCUGUGCCGGUGAUUUCCUCUGCCAGUCUCGUGAGUCAGAAAGAUGCAAUCCAGCUCAUGCGCACGGACCUGAACAUCUUGCAGCAACACGCCAGAACUGCAGCUCUCUGGGAGUCUCAGCAUGUUGCUCUGAACAGUGAGAUACUGGACACGGUGCCUAAGCUGUAUGUCAACAGGGAGGAGCAGAUCACCCUCCACCUGGAGUGCAGGGGAACUUCAAAUAAAGGCUGCCAGGGAGCAGCUCAGCUCACCAUCCAGUUUGAAGGGAAGCACAAAAAUGAAGCAGUGAGCCAGCAGCUUCAUGCUUUGCGCAAAGAAGUGAGACAACUGCAGGCAGAAGCCAUGAAGCCACCUUCUCUGGGUGUUGUGGAAGCAGCUGUUCACGUGGAGAAUUUCAUAACGGCCCUCAUAAAUAUCUACAAGGUGCAGCCUAUGCCUGCAAUCAAGAAAGUUGGAAUUGGCUUGUUUUUUACACUGGUAGAAUAUGUGUGUGAUGAAACUCAACGCAAUCCUCCCACAAGACAGUUCUUCACGUCCUGCAUUGAGAUUCUGGGCCAAGUGUUCAUCAGUGGGACCAAAUCAGAGUGCAAGCGUUUGCUCCAGACAAUCCUGCAGAAUCGAAGGCUUUGUACUCUCCUUUCUCCUUACUUCACUCCUGUUGCCUCUCCCAGUGAAUUUGUGACUUUAUACGAAAAAGUUGUGGCCUUUCUGAGUGAGGAUAAUAGUGAUGUUGUCUUCAUGCUGCUGACAAAGUUUGACCUCACGCAGUGGUUGAGCGUGGCCAAGCCGCCUCUCUCGGAGCGCACCCAGCUCCUGGAGUCCAUUCACUUGGCCCUCAAUGCAUGUGGCCUGGAACCUGAAGAAGAUAUUUUGAUGCCAUUUAAUAUCUUCUGCAAGCAUUGGACUAACCUUCUCCAGUAUCAGUUCCCUGACCACUACAGUGAUUUCUUAAGGUUGUUUGUGCAAAGCUCAUCAGAGCAGCUUCUAAGCCCUGACUGCUGGAAGGCAUCACUUAGAGCUUUGGGGUGUGAUUCACUGGCGAUUGAGCAGGGCAGUGUCAAGAGAAGUGAUUCUGCUGAAGCUCCUGUGGUGAGGGAGGCUGCAAAAACUCUCCUCUCUACAGAACAGGUCAGAGAGACAAUAGAAUGGCUUUCUACAUCCUUCUGCAAACUUCGACUGGCCUCGGUGGACUUCAGGACUUUCGGCCUGUUUUCAAAAUGGACUCCUUAUGUGGCUGAAAUGAACAAAUUCCUGGAGUAUCUCAUUAAACGACUUAUUGACACUGAAGUUGACAAUUUAGCCCAAGAACCUAUUGGGAGUAGCAGAAUUUUAGCAGCAUUGCAGUCCUUGUAUUCAGUCAUUGCUGGACUCUUUAAACCAUGGAUACUGGUCUUGGAUAAAGAAGAUGCAAGUAGCCAGCCCUGCUACCCUUGGCUGGAGAGUGACACUCCUGUAGCCUCCACCGUGGUCGGUUUGUUUGCAGAUUGCAUCAAGCUUUUGCAUGAGAGCUUUAAAGAAAAGCUGUUGCCAAGCCACCAUGGGGCUCUCUGGUUACACCUAAUGCAUUACUGUGAAUGUUGCACAGCCCCCAAAAUGCCAGAGUUUAUUCUCUAUGCUUUCCACACUGAGUUCAGAAGGCUUCCAUGGAAGGAAAUGCAUCCCGACCAGAUGCUUAUGGAAGAGUUCUUUAAAAUUGAAAGAGGCAGCCCCAAGAGUUGUUUCUUGUUCUUGGGUUAUGUUUUAUGUGAAAUAAACUGGGUCAGUGUCCUCUCUGAUGCUUGGAAUCCCAACCCUCACCCUCAGACUCACAACAUGAUUGUCUGUUUGCUGUAUAUGAUGGUACUGUUGGCAAAGGAGGAACAGCUUAUAGGCAAAGAGGAAUCUCCACUCAUAAAUCUUCUUGGACAGACCAGCUCCCUUCCUUGGCAGCUUGUGGGCAUUUCAUCUUACCAAAGCAUCAUCAGCUACUGCAACAGUCACUACCCUCCCUCUGUUAUCCUUGCUAAGGAUGCUGGAGCUGAACUGAUCGUGAAGCUCCUGAAAAUCUCAGCAGGCUUUGGGGCAUCUUCGGAUAGUCACAUACACCUUGAUGCAACACUGAAGUGCCGAGCAUACAUUCGCCAGGUGGUUCAGUUCCUCAGCACCUUAGAACAAAGUGGAAAGAUAACCCUUGCAGUUUUGGAACAAGAAAUGGCCAAGUUGCUAGAUGAUGUAGUCAUCUUUAGUCCCCCAGACAUGGAUCUGCAGACGCGCCACCUGGCCCUCAGCAGCCUGUUCACGGAAACGCUGAUGAUGCUGAACAACUCCAGCAUCACCACGGCCGAGUCUCUGCGGGGCAGCCUGCGCAAGUGGAUCAACAGCAGAGUGCAGGGGCUGCUGGCCAUGCCCCUCCUCACGGCCGCGUGCCACAGCCUGGCCUCCGUGCGCCACAUGGCCGAGACCACAGAGGCCUGCAUCACUUCCUACUUCAGCAAGGAUUCCCCUCAUCACCAGGAGUUAGGCUGGGGCCCUAUACUUGCCUCCCUCCAAGUUCCUGAGCUAACCAUGGAAGAAUUCCUGCAGGAGUGCCUGUCUUUAGGAAGCUACUUGACCCUCUAUGUCUACCUGCUGCAAUGCCUGAACACUGACCAAACCCUUACCAAUGAAAUGAAAAUCCUGCUGACCAUCAGCAAAUGGCUGGAGCAAGUGUACCCCAGCUCAGCAAAGGAAGAGGCAAAGCUGUUUCUCUGGUGGCAUAAAGCCAUGCAGUUAUCCUUGGUGCAGCUAGAGCAAGAUGACCCUGUUCUGAUUGAAUCUGUCAUCCGAACCCUGCUGUCCAUCCAGGGCCGGCAGAGCCAGCUGGCUGAGGAGAGACUCACUUCUGGAUUGCUUGGUGCUAUUGGGCUAGGCAGGAGGUCUCCUUUGUCACCCAGGUUUCGGGUGGUUGCCCGCAGUUUGUCCACCUUCCUCCUGGUGCAGAUCCCUGCAGAGAGCCAGGUGCGCCUCAAGGCUGGGUCGGAGCCCAGGCUGUCUCAGAAGGCUCAGCAGGCACUGAAUGCUCUCGAAGCCAUGUCAUCCAACAAACAAUACAUGGAUUUCCAAGAGCAGCUCUCCCAGGCCUCUCUGUUCAUCAAGCACCCCGAGCACUGCCUUCGGGAUGGCAAUAACCUCCUGUCCCUGCUCGUGAACACGCUGUACCCAGAAGUGCAUUAUUUGGACAGCAUUCGGUAGCGGCGCUGGGCGCGCGGGGCCGGCGGCGGCUCUGGUUUACAAACAGCGUCCUUAUUGCACAACUGAUUUUUACCUUCAGAGUUCCACUUUAAUUAAGUCAGACCUGUGAAUAGGAACUGCACACUGUCAAGUUUUCUCCACUUCAAGGUUUUCUUGCUUUCCUUUUGAAUUUUAGACCUGUGGAAUUGCUUAAUGGUUUGGGUUUCUUGGGGCUUUUUUUGGUGGUUUGUUCUUUUUUUUUUUUUUUUUUUUGACUGAAAGCACUUGAGUAUCUUCUGUGCGUGGUGCCCUUUGAAGAGAAGGGUGCCUGGGGAUAGGUGUACAAAUCACUAGUCAGCACAGCUCAUCCUGUAGUGUCUGAAAUUUUUGCUUGGUGCCUUUUUUUAUUUUCCAGUGUGUCAUCACUCAGACCAGUUCAAAGUGAAUGGAGGACUGUGUGUAAAAGAGGUUUGACUUUCUUAACCAGGAUACCUCUGAGUCUUACCUGAGUGUGUGUCUAGUGAUUUUUGUGAAAUCCCUGUAUUUGACAAGAUGGUAUUUUAAAUCUUGACUUUUUUGCUAUCCCACAGAAAUCUGUAGUUUAGAGGCAUGCCUACAAUCUUUGACCACUUCUGUAAAUACCAACAAAAAUAGGAACUAAAGAACUUUUUUUUUUUUCCUGUUUUCUAAAUAUUAGUGUGUCUGCAUCUAUAUUGCUUGAUUAAAUGCAAGUAACUUCUAGCCAAGUUCAAGGGGAUUUAAAUCCAGAGACAUAUUUUCUGGAUCUCCAGUGUCUGAGAGGGGAACAGUCAGUUAUGAUCACGUUAAAUAGGAUUCCUUAAUUACUAAAGUCUGGUUGUUUAGGAAAUGUUUAACAACCACCACUUAAGCUUAUUCUCUUCUGCCUAGCUGGGCAUGACAUGACAGGAUUUUAGAUGACACUGUGAAGAGGCAUUUUUGUUGUAUUAAAUUUGGUGAUCACUUGUUACAAUUCUGUUGCCAAAGCAUGAACCAUGAGCCUGUAAAUCUGUUGUUUCAUCUGAAUGAUCACUGCUUUUGUUGCCUUGUCUGAUCAUAGGAUGCACUUUUGUUUAGGAAAAGCAGAAGGAGAAUUUUCCCGGUACUUGUUUGAUGUCCCUUUAAUCACUGAUCUGUUUGAGCUGUCCCAAGGUCCUGCAGUCCCAGUCCCUACAGCUCUGUGAAGGAACUGAUCGCUUUUUCUCUUCCUCCAUUAAUUGUGCCUUUGUGUUUAUGACACGGUUGCACGUUAAAACAUGAGUUCUGGUCAAUAGGGGAUAGAAAUGUGCUACCUGCUGUCUGGUCAAUGAUGCUUUGAACUGUUGCUCUUAAACCAUGGUUCUGGUGCUAGAGGACAGAUCACCUUUUCCUUCUUGGCAGAUUCUGCUAAUUAUGCCAGCUGGGUCAUUAGAUCACCGUCAUUUUAAUGUGGUCUUAGAGUUCUUUGCUCUAUCUGCGAGCCUAUAAAUAAAUAUAUAUAUGUACAUCCCCCUAUAUAGUAACCAGAUACCAAUGCAGCAUGGUUUUUAACAGACUCUUUUGGAAAAUUCAUGUCUGGAGGAAUACAUUCUGCUGCUUUUGCCCCCAAAGACUUAAAACCACUGGGUUUAUUAGGCUCAAUGUUAUUGAUCAGUUGCAUAUAAAUGUGAAGAAGUCAGAAAAUAUGUGUUUGACAUGCACUUUCAAAAUGAGGAAUUGUUUCAGCUGUUGAGUUUUUACAAAUGUUGUAUUUAUAACAUGCUCUGUCUGCAAAGACCAUGCAAAAUAAAAAAGGAAAAUCAAGCAA